GUCAGGAACAGAGAAUCAGAGAGAGAGUCUGUCUGUCUCUGAGAAGGGAGAACAUCUCUGCUUCACAGUGAUCCGCACUGGGGAAGACCCAUCAGUUGGCUUCAGACCCAAGGUGGAGCCGGACCAGGUCACCCCGGUUGAGACUGAGCGAGCGUCGCCCCUCCCUCUCCCACCUCUCUCUACCCGGGAAUGUCUCGGCGAAAGCAGCGGAAACCCCAACAGUUAAUCUCGGACUGUGAAGGUCCCAGCGCGUCUGAAAACGGCGAUGCUAGCGAGGAGGACCACCCCCAAGUCUGUGCCAAGUGCUGCGCGCAAUUCACUGACCCAGCCGAAUUCCUCGCCCACCAGAACUCAUGUUCUACUGACCCUCCUGUAAUGGUGAUACUCGGGGGCCAGGAGAACCCCAACAACUCCUCGGUCUCCUCUGAACCCCGGCCUGACGGCCAUAAUAGUCCUCGGGUCAUGGACACAGACCACAGCAACCCCCCGGAUUCCGGGUCCUCUGUUUCCACGGAUCCCACCUGGGGCCCAGAGCGGAGAGCAGAGGAAUCUUCCGGGCAUUUCCUGGUCGCUGCCACAGGUACAGCGGCAGGGGGAGGCGGGGGCCUGAUCCUGGCCAGUCCCAAGCUGGGAGCAACCCCAUUACCUCCAGAAGCCACUCCUGCACCCCCUCCUCCUCCACCUCCCCCUCCACCCCCAGGCGUAGGCAGCGGCCACUUGAACAUCCCUCUGAUCCUGGAAGAACUGCGGGUGUUGCAGCAGAGGCAGAUCCAUCAGAUGCAGAUGACCGAGCAAAUCUGCCGGCAGGUGCUGUUGCUUGGCUCCUUAGGCCAGACGGUGGGUGCCUCUGCCAGUCCCUCAGAGCUUCCUGUAACCGGGGCCACCUCUUCCACCAAGCCCCUGCUACCCCUCUUCAGCCCUAUCAAGCCUGUCCAAACUGGCAAGACACUGGCACCUUCCUCCUCUUCCUCUUCCUCCUCCUCAGGAGCAGAAACACCUAAGCAGGCUUUCUUCCACCUUUACCACCCACUGGGGUCACAGCAUCCCUUCUCUGCUGGAGGGGUUGGGCGAAGCCACAAACCCACCCCUGCCCCCUCCCCUGCCCUGCCCGGCAGCACUGACCAGCUGAUUGCCUCACCUCAUCUGGCAUUCCCAAGCACCACGGGACUACUGGCAGCACAGUGUCUUGGGGCAGCCCGAGGCCUUGAGGCUGCUGCCUCCCCAGGGCUCCUGAAGCCAAAGAAUGGAAGUGGUGAGCUGGGCUAUGGGGAAGUGAUGGGUCCCUUGGAGAAGCCAGGUGGAAGGCAUAAAUGCCGCUUCUGUGCCAAAGUAUUUGGCAGUGACAGCGCCUUGCAGAUCCACCUUCGUUCCCACACGGGUGAGAGGCCCUAUAAGUGCAAUGUCUGUGGCAACCGCUUUACCACCCGUGGCAACCUCAAAGUGCAUUUCCACCGGCAUCGUGAGAAGUACCCACACGUGCAGAUGAACCCACACCCAGUGCCAGAGCACCUGGACUAUGUCAUCACCAGCAGUGGCCUGCCCUAUGGGAUGUCUGUGCCACCUGAGAAGGCGGAGGAGGAGGCAGCCACUCCAGGCGGAGGUGUGGAACGCAAGCCCCUGGUGGCGUCCACCACAGCACUCAGUGCCACCGAGAGCCUGACUCUGCUCUCCACAGGUGCAGGCACAGCCACGGCUCCUGGGCUCCCUGCUUUCAAUAAGUUUGUGCUCAUGAAAGCAGUAGAGCCCAAGAGUAAAGCUGAUGAAAACACCCCCCCAGGGAGUGAGGGCUCAGCCGUCAGCGGGGUGGCCGAAAGUGGCACAGCAACCCGAAUGCAGCUAAGUAAGCUGGUGACUUCGCUACCCAGCUGGGCACUGCUUACCAACCACUUCAAGUCCACGGGCAGCUUCCCCUUCCCCUAUGUGCUAGAGCCUUUGGGGGCCUCACCCUCUGAGACAUCAAAGCUGCAGCAACUGGUAGAAAAGAUUGAUCGGCAAGGAGCUGUGGCAGUGGCCUCUACUGCCUCAGGAGCCCCCACCACAUCUGCCCCUGCACCUUCACCUUCAGCCUCUUCAGGACCUAACCAGUGUGUCAUCUGCCUCCGGGUGCUGAGCUGUCCUCGGGCCCUACGCCUGCAUUAUGGCCAACAUGGAGGUGAGCGACCCUUCAAAUGCAAAGUGUGUGGCAGGGCCUUCUCCACGCGGGGCAAUCUGCGUGCACAUUUUGUGGGCCACAAGGCCAGUCCAGCAGCCCGGGCCCAGAACUCCUGCCCCAUCUGCCAGAAGAAGUUCACCAAUGCCGUCACUCUGCAACAGCAUGUUCGGAUGCACCUGGGGGGCCAGAUCCCCAAUGGUGGUACUACACUCCCCGAAGGCGGAGGAGCUGCCCAGGAGAAUGGCUCUGAGCAGUCUGCGGUGGUCUCUGGGGCAGGGAGCUUCCCCCAGCAGCAGUCCCAGCAGCCAUCACCGGAAGAGGAGUUGUCCGAAGAGGAGGAUGAGGAUGAGGAAGAAGAGGAGGAUGUGACUGAUGAAGAGUCCCUGGCAGGGAGAGGCUCCGAGAGUGGAGGUGAGAAAGCAAUAUCAGUGCGAGGCGAUUCAGAAGAGGCAUCUGGGGCAGAGGAGGAAGUGGGGACGGUGGCAGCUGCAGAAGCCACAGCUGGGAAGGAGAUGGACAGCAAUGAGAAAGCGACUCAACAGUCUUCUCUGCCACCACCCCCAGCAUCUGACAGCCUGGAUCAGGCUCAACCAAUGGAACAGGGAAGCAGUGAUGUGUCUGUAGGCACAGAAGAGGGGGGCAAGCCAGAGAGGAGCUCAAGCCCCGUGUCAGCACUCAGUGCAGAAGGGGAAGGCACCAGUACCACCUUAGUGGAGGAGCUGAGCUUGCAGGAAGCGUUGAGAAAGGAGCCAGGAGAGAGCAGCAGCAGGAAGGCCUGUGAAGUGUGUGGCCAGAGCUUUCCCACCCAGGCAGCCCUGGAGGAGCAUCAGAAGACCCACCCCAAGGAGGGGCCACUUUUCACCUGUGUUUUCUGCAGGCAGGGCUUCCUCGAGCGGGCCAUCCUCAAGAAGCAUAUGCUGCUAGCUCACCACCAGGUACAGCCCUUUGCCCCCCAUGGCCCUCAGAGUAUUGCCGCUCUCUCCUUGGUCCCCGGCUGUUCACCUUCCAUCGCUUCCCCGGGGCUCACCCCCUUCCCCCGAAAAGAUGACCCCACGAUCCCAUGAGCCUGUUUUUCUGUACCUGCUGCCCUCUGGUGCAGGAAGCAGAAACCAAGAGCUCCAUAGAAAGACCUCCAAGAUUUAUGAGCCCUAUUUUAUCUUUUUCUCUGAGUUCUUACAUGAUAUAUCCCUAGUGGUUUUUUUCUAGUCCUUGAGCUUGGAAAUUGAUGUGCUUACAAGGGGAUGGCCCCCUGAAGAGUUGUUCUCCCCUUUUCAUUCUUUGUACCUAAAGAAAAUAGAUUCUUUCCAGCCCCCUCCAACUUCCCUGGGGUGACCUUUCUCCCCUGUCCUCUUAUCCCCUGUACUUCCCUCUGGCAGGUGCAACUAAGCACCCACAUUUGGAAUUGCAGCCCAGCCUGAAGGGGCCGGCAGCUGUCUCUGGAGGGCCCAGUGCUUCUCCUCUCUGGUGACCAGGUCAACCAGCAGGAUUCUGUGUCCCAGGACUUUCCUGCCCAACUGUUAGGGGUGGGUCCCUUCACAUUCUGGAAAUAGUCCAGUGGUUUCCCCAAGUCCUGGAGUUCCAGCUCCUCUAUACCACUUCAGGCCUGGCACCACCAGUGCUGUUUGGCCCAGGAGCUGAGGCUGGGGAGGUACCCCCAAAAUGGAAUCCAGAGAGGUCAAGGAGAAGACAGCCCCUUCCUCCUAUUUCAGCUUCCUGCACCCAGGGCAGUGCCUGAAAAGCCCUCAUAGGAGAGAAGUAACAAACUGAACAUUCCUUCUCCCUCCCCUACUCCAGGAGCCAGCGGUGAAAGUCCCCAGUCAUUGGUGGCCAAACCCUAGCAGGUAGAAAUGCAGGGCACAGGACAGUCUUCCCUGUAACCCCCUUGGCUGUCACGUUAAGGUGGUGUUUGCUCUUCAGUAUGCCAAGACGUCGUCAGUUCCUCAUUCAUCAUGGCCUCUCAAAGUUGGGAAGCAAGCAGAUUCCUUGCCAAGAGGUGCCCAUGGGAUAUUUUAGGAAAUGUGAAGUUAGUUCAUAUCUUUAAUGGGCAUUGUUGCAGAGGGUGGUUAAUGGAGAGUUGAGUAAUAUUUUUAAAACACUGGGCAUGCUGGGAAACUAUGUGAUGAAAGGGACAUAAGGGAAAGGACCUUUAGUUGUGAAGGCUAACAUUCUUGUGAAUGCUCUCUCGGGCUGACAGUG